AUGGAAUGCUGUCCAAUUUGCAAUAUUCAUUUAGGAUGUGUUCCAUUGGAGAAGUUGAGGCCCGAUCAUAAAUUGCAAGAUGUAAAGGCAAAGAUAUUUCCUUCCAAGAGAAAGGUAAAUGCAACUGAAGUGUUGACUCCAGUUCCAUUACCUGCAAAGAGAAAGGAGAGGUCACUCUCAUCACUGGCGGUCAGCGCUCCUAGAGCAUCAGCACACAGUGGAAUGACAGGAAGAAGAUCAAAAUCUAUCGCAGGAAAAGCAUCAAGAAGUUCCAGUUUUGCAAAAAAGAAAGCUGUUGACAAAGAGGAAGACUCAGUGGAAGACCACCCUGAGAGCUCUAAGUCACCUGAGACUCUAAACAAAUUUUCUCAAAAUACCAGGCUGAACCCUAAUGCUGCUGAGACGUCUAGCAGACUUAGUCCUGAUGAAGGAAGAGAGAAUGGUUCUGAACCAUGGAAAGGGAAAGUUGAUCUUUGGAAGCCCUUGAAUUGUUUGGUGGAAGCAGCAAAUAGGAGUAAAUCUUCUCAGCUUACCCCACAAGGAUCUGUUGCUAAGUCGGAAUCUAUACAUACCCAUGAUAACGAAGGCCUUGUCCGUAAAACCAAAAACAAGGAACCCGGGACAAAGUCAAAAGUUCAACAUGACAAGAUUGGCAAAGACAGUGACCAUGGGGAAUCAGAAAAACCUAAAAAAAUGCGUAGGAUCCAGCAGAAGAAGGGACAUAAUUUUGGAGAGUUUAGAAUAGAACCCCAGAAUGUGCUCAAUGCUGCCACUGCUAUCUGUGAAAAAAGAAAUAAUCCAAUUUGGUUCUCUUUAGUAGCAUCUGAUGACCAGGAAGGUCUGGAAGGAGAUGCACACUUGCCACAAAUUUCUGCAAGCUACUUGAGGAUAAAGGAUGGGAGCAUACCAGUUUCUUUGAUCCGUAAGUACCUGAAGAGGAAGUUGGAUCUUACAAGUGAAGAUGAGGUUGAAAUUAAAUGCAUGGGACAGUCAGUCGUCCCCACAUUGACACUGAAUAAUCUAGUUGAUAUAUGGCUUCAAACAACUACUUCAGAGAGAGUAUCAGCCACUGCUGGUUCAUCAGCGAAGGAUUUUGUGAUGGUGUUAAGCUACACUCGCAAAGUUCCCAAUCCUUGA